AUGAACCUGAACGCCCUCUCCCUCAUCACGCUCACCCUGACCCUAACAAUCGCGCACGCACUCCCCUCGGACAACGGCAUUGGCCCGAUAAUCAUCGAACCCGUCGACGAGCGAACAAACCGUUUUGUCGGUCCGGGGUCGGAUCUUGAGAAGUGUGGUUCAGAUACUGAUUGUCAGUUUUUGUCGUGCGCUGGGGGUAUGAAGCCGAAGUGUGAAGUGGAGGCUGCUAUUCCGUGA